AAGAGGGAGAAAAGCCAGCAUGGAGAAAAAGAAAGAUCCACCUGCAACCCAAUUUGAUCUCUCACAUCCCGCCAUGGCCGAAUCGAGAUAGCAAUGAAGCUGUCAAGAGUAACUCCUUUCACGCUCUUGGCAGCAAGCUGUCAGGCUGCAUAUGUGCAGUUUCAAGACUGCGCUGAUGCGGCUACUAAUAAGUCGCUCAUUCCUGAGAGUUUUCGCGCUGGGGUUGAACAAGGGAGGGAUGGGUUUGAGUGGCGGUUUGAUGUUAUCGCUGGGCAGGCGGAUCGGAAUGCUUGCGAGAUCGAUGUCGGCGAUGUCAUACCAAGAUUUACGGUCAUUGACUAUGGGAGCAACAUCAAGGAACUUUCAGGAGAGAUCGUCAACAUGUCCUGCUACACUUCCGAAUGGCUCGGCCCGAGAGCUCAUUUCACCAUCGCAUCUUCAUUCAAGCGCUCGGCUUUUCUCGAUACUUUCCGAACAACCCUGGAGAUUACAACAAAAGACAACGAAUCACUCUCUUGUAUCCGGGCGAUUCUAACUCCCGCUGCUCAGGAGCCCAUCCGCCUUCUCAGUCUGUGGUUGCCCAUCGCCACAUUCCUUUUGACCUGUAUCGCAGCAUGUUGGCCGGCCCAGCAAACCACCAAAUCAUUAACCACGAAGAACGGCCGUAUCGUACGCGCCAUCGAUCUUCUAGCUUACAUCCAGUUCAUCUUCUUUUCAGGCGCCUUGAGCCUUCGAUACCCCGGCUUCUUCCAACCUCUUGUCGGACUCUGUAGCUGGUCUACUCUGAUGCUACCGGCUGGGCUUGUAGAAACCAACUCCCCUUACCCACGAGCCGGUGUGAGAGACGGCAUUUACGAACACAAUGGCACAAUCACUGGGGCUCCGGGAUUGGAGCUCUUAACGCAGAUGACGGGCUCACCGGUGAAGUCUCAAAGCUGGAUGAAUACCUUCGUCCUAUCGCUGAUUAUUUUCUUCUUUCUUUACUUAUCAUCAUACAUCAGCUUCAGGCUGAGCAUCCGCAAACCAAAGCCGAAACUCACUAUCUCGACGUUUGGAGCACAACUCAAAGACCGAUACUGGACUGUUGUCAGGCUUUUUCUCAGCUGUUUCAUGUUGCCGAUCAGUGCAUGGGCAACCUACCAAUUUCUCGACGAUCAGAUUUUUGGAUAUCGUAACUCAGCCAUGGCAAUCAUCAUCUUAAUUGUGCUGUUGGCAGGUUUCUGGUGGAGUUGGACACGGGACUCCGAAAUGGGCUCACUUGUUAUUCAAAGUCCUGGCCGGCUGAACAAAAACCCAGAAUCUGGAAGACAAUACUAUGCUUUGGUUUUGUUCUCUUUGAUGUUCCUCCGAGGGAGCGUCAUUGGUGGCUUGCAAACUUACACCUCUGUUCAGCUUGGUAUCCUACUAGGAUGUGAGCUUGUUCAGCUGCUAGCAAUGACUUUAUGGACCAGAUUUGCAUGCUUUAUUUCACUUACUGGCCUUCUUUCAGUUUCGAGACUGGCCUUGUUCGCACUUCACAUUGGUUUUGUUCCUGGGCUCGCUAGUCAUUCUGGCAGGAUGCUUGUCGCCUAUAUCAUUCUUUGCUGGCAUGUUAUCGUACUCACAUUCGUCUUUCUUCUACCCGCCCUUCUCGACAUGGCGCAUCUUGUGAUGUACGGCAGGGCCGUAACAUUGUCUGACGCCGAAAGAGGAACACCUGUCCGAGAGGUUCCUAGGCCCAUUCAGCGCGCUCAAACAGACAUCGAAGAGCUUCAAAAGUCGGAACCGAUCAAGAAUGGCAAUGCAAAUAGAUUCACUCGAGCUUCUCCAUCAGACUUCAAUCAGCUUCUGUUAGAGAUGAUUCUAAAGCGGGAAGCAAAUAAUCCUCCAAUCGGUCCAAUAUCUCAGAAAGCACUGUCAGAGUUUCUGAGAGAGGUAAGAGGGAAAGAAAAGAAAGCCGACAUCGAAAAGACUCCAGAAGUCUUUAGCGACUCUUCCAGUACGCUCGUCGAUUCGAGAUGCUCCAAGGAAGAAAUCAAACCGAUGUCAGACACCUCAGUAGACGACCUAGUCGCUCAUCUAUUCUCGGAAGAAAAUUCAGCUAUCCGCAGCACCCCUCUGCAUAAUACCCUCAACCGUCCCAUCAACGAAUACUUCAUCUCAUCUUCUCACAACACGUACCUCCGGGGCCGCCAAGUCGCCGCCCGCUCCAAGCUCAAAGGCUAUAUCGCAACGCUUUCACAAGGCUGUCGAUCUGUGGAGGUCGACUGCUGGGAUGGACGGGACGGGCAGCCGAUCGUCAAGCACGGGUACAGUUUGACUACGUCUAUCAGCUUCCGAUCUGUCAUUGAGACUAUCAACAAUUAUGCUUUCUUUGCUUCCGACUUGCCUUUGUGGCUAUCACUGGAAGUGCACUGCAGUCCGUCUCAGAGGGAUAUCAUGGCUCGCACAAUGCUUGAGGUAUUCAGAUCGAAGUUGGUGGUUGAGCCACUUGAUGCAUCUUCACAGGAACUCCCUUCACCUAACCAGCUACGCGGAAAGAUCCUGCUGAAAGUCAAGGUAGCUCAAAAUCCAGAGCCGCUUCAGGAAUCGCUGGCCCCUGAAUACCUCAACUUGGAUGGGUCUCAAGAAGAUCUUGAGAGGGGGGACUGUCAAGAUCUGCCAGGCGAUUUGCUACAGAGUCUUGCCGUAUAUGGAGCGAGCAGACGACUACCUAAAGAUGCAGAGUUUGACACAUAUCGGAAUUUCAUCUACUCCGUCUCAGAGCGAAACUUCAAGAAACAUACAAAAGACCACCGUUCGCUCGAAUUAGCAGGAACACAACAUCUUGUUCGCGUGUAUCCGGAUCCAAACCGGGUUGAUUCAUCCAACUUCGAUCCCCUCCAAUGUUGGAGAUAUGGCGUUCAGAUGGCUGCUCUUAACUGUCAGACCGAGGACAUCUGCAUGAGUCUAAAUCAAGCGAUGUUCCAUGGAAGUUUGGGAUAUGUGGUCAAAGCCUCGCCACAACCGACACAGAUACGACUCCAAGUUGACGUUCUUAUGGCGCGGGGCCUGAAGGUAUCGACAGGGAAUGACCCGGUCUAUGUGAAGAUGAAGCUAUUGGCACCUGAUACAUCGAAUCAGAAGACACGGACUACAACUAUGCUUGUUCAAGGACCAGAUGUAGCUUUUGAUGAUAACCUGGAGAUGUCGGUGGAAACGAAUUACCCUCAUCUCACAUUCCUGCAGUGGUCAGUCAAGACCAUGUCGAACAGUCGUUCUAUGCCUAUUAGCUCGGGCGUUGCCAAGAUCGACAAUUUGAAGGAGGGAUAUAGGAUUCUCCCACUGGGUGAGCCGCUGAAUAAUGAGGGGCGUUUGUUAUGUAAAAUUAGUAUACAGUCGAUAUAAGCGAUGGAGAUGAUAUUCCAUGAUUUCAAAUUAGAAAGAUGAUAGCGCACAGCUUCUAUUCAUUUAAAUACGACCGGUUGUAUUUGCACCCCCGCGAUGGCAUAAUUAAAACAUACCGACACUCAUCCCCGAUAUCAUGACACGAUGGCGAUUUGAAUAGCCACAGUUGGAGAGGACGGCC